GACAGUUCACCGGACUUGAAGCAGUAUCUCCAAGCUACACUGGAGAUUUUUUCAUUUAUUGUGUCUAGAUAAUUCUCAGUAAUAAAUAGACAAUAAGGAGGAUAUAAUAAUAGUGAAGUUGACUUGAACGAUGGGCCCUAUGCCAGGAUUCAGGGUGCUGGUGUGCCUAGUGUCUAUUCAUCUAAUAGUUGCAUACGGCAAAUCGGACACCGGAGAAAGCUCCUGCGAGACUAAAACAACGUGCGCGACAUGCAUCCGGACACCGCAAUGCGUAUGGUGUGCAGAUACUCUACAACUCAAAUCACAGGAUGCCGAUGGAAAUAGCGACGAGAAAUCUCGCUGCAGGCACCGAACAUUCAUCAGUGAAAAAUGGUGUCGCAGAGAUUUGAUAGUCGAUCAAGACAGCAAAUCGAUAUUGAUCGCUACAGAUGCACCAUUUUCUUCCCAUAAAAAUAAUAUCACCCAGGUCAGGCCUCAACGCAUAAAGAUGUCCUUGCGCGUCCAGGAGGAGCAGCGUGUGCUCGUAUCUUAUCAGCAAGCCAAUAAUUAUCCGGUCGAUCUCUACUUCCUCAUGGAUUUAUCCGCGUCGAUGGAGAAAUACAGAAACGAACUUUCUGCGUUAGGCGCAAAGCUGGCAAACGCCAUGGGCGAUCUUACCUCCAAUUUUCAUCUCGGGUUUGGUAGCUUCAUCGACAAGGUGAUCCUACCUAUGACAAACACGCAGUACGAAUGGUUAAAAUUAUGCAAAUUGAAUGAUGGUAGGACGCCGUGUGCUCCACCCUACGGAUUCAAGCAUCAAAUGUCACUGGACACGAAUGUGUCACGUUUUACGGAACAAGUCAGAAAAGCGGAAAUCUCUGCUAAUCUGGACGUCCCAGAAGGUGGUUUAGAUGCAUUGAUGCAAGCAAUAAUCUGUUGGGAACAUAUCGGUUGGCGUAAGAAUGCGCGUCGCCUUUUGGUAUACUCAGCCGACGCCAAGUAUCACAUAGCUGGCGAUGGCAAGCUAGCAGGAAUCGUUGAACCAAAUGACGAGACGUGUCACCUGGACAAAAACGGCCGCUACACACACGCUGAAAUCCUCGAUUAUCCCUCCAUAACGCAGAUAAAUAAGCAAGUUCAGAAAAACAGUAUUAACGUCAUAUUCGACGUGACCAAGAGUGUGAUAGAUGUCUACAAGGAUUUAAGCCAGCGUAUUAACGGUUCUUCCGUCGCUACCCUCGACAGUGAGACCGUGGUGGACAUCAUACGCAGUCAGUACAAGACACUAACCAAUACCAUCACGAUGUCAAGUAACCACCCCGAAUUCAUCGAAGUCAAAUUUUUCACGCGCUGUAUGAACUCGUCGGCUGAACUCAGGGAGAUUCACGAAUGCCCCGAUGUCCGUGUAAAUCAGCCCGUGCAAUUUGAAGUUGCUAUAAAGGCCAUCAAGUGUCCGGAACGACCGGAAGACUGGCACCAGACGAUCGAGAUCAAGCCACAGGGAGUUGAAGAGAGAGUGAUGAUCGAGAUCGAUCUAAUCUGCGACUGUCCGUGUUCCAAACCUGGCAACACUUACUUCGAGCCUAACUCGCCUCUGUGCAGCAAUCACGGUAACGUCGCUUGUGGUGUUUGCGAAUGCACCCAAGGUUUCACCGGCAAAGACUGCAGUUGUUCAACAAACACCCACGAAGCGAAUGGAGCAUCAACUGCCGGCUGUGUACCUCCAUCCAGCAUCGGCACAAAAGUGGAGCCCUGCAGUGGAAAGAAGCGCGGCAUAUGCAGAUGUGGGAAGUGCGAGUGCCGCCCGGGACCAAGAGAGGGUGAUAAAUAUAUGGGGAAGUUUUGCGAGUCCGACAAUUUCUCGUGCCCGCGUUACAACUUAAAGGUUUGCGGUGGUCCGUCGCGGGGCACGUGCAAACGCGGUGAGUGCGUGUGUGACCCGGAUUGGGAGGGUCCUGAUUGCGGCUGCAGCAAGAAAAAGGAUGCUUGCAUUAACCCCAAUAAUAACCCCAAUAAUGAGGAGUGCAGUGGGUUUGGAGAAUGCAUAUGCGGUACCUGCACGUGCAACACCACGCUCGGAAGAAACGGAAAGUACUGCCAGAACUGUCCGACCUGUCCGAAUCAGUACUGUGAGAAGUUGAAGGAUUGUGUUGAGUGUCUUGUUCACAAAACUGGACCCGCUGUGGUCGGAAAUGGGUGCGAACCAUCAAAGUGCGAAAACAUUGAAGUGGCCGAAGAGGUUGAAGCAAUCGACGAGCUGGAGGAGGAUUCCAAGUUUAAGAAGUGCGUGGUACCCGAUGAUAGUGGUUGCACCUUCGCGUUCAAGUAUGAGUUUGGAGUUUCCCAAAGAGGAGACCAAGGGUUUGACACAGUAAUUGCUGAAAAGACAAAGAAAUGCAGUGCUCGCCCUACGUUCAGCCCGCUAGUCACGGCAGGGGGGGUGAUAUUCCUUACACUCGUCGUUGGGCUGGUGGGUCUUCUUUCGUGGAAAGCAGUGACGAUGUUCCACGAUCAUCGAGAGUACGCCAGGUUCGAAAAGGAACGCGUGUGCGCUACUUAUGAAGGGGGCACAAAUCCAAUCUUCAAGGCCCCAACAUCUACUUUCAAGAAUCCCACCUUCGACUCGGAUCACCAGAAUUAAUAGCCCGGUGUCACAUU